AUGCUUGCCAUGCCACCAGGUAUCCCAGCCGGAAUGGUUGCCGAUACUCCUAUUCUCCGAAUUCCAUGUCUCAUGGCAACACCACAACCUCAGCCCGAACCCGUCGUCCGCCGACAACCACCGCAAAUGGAGUACCCCCAGGAGGGAGGUCUCUAUGACAACCCAUACGGACGCUCGCCGCAUGACCCCUUCUUCAGACACCGCAACCCGGUCACGAACCCUCCACAACACCCCGUGCUCCCUCCUCGAGUCAAUGAGCAUCAACAUUACAUUCUCCCUCGGGUAACUGAGCACCCCCAAAUGCAGCACCCUCAAAUGCAGCACUCUCAAAUGCAGCACAAAAUCCACAAGUCAUAUCCCAGACAUCAGCGUAACCGUUCGGGUUCUGGCUCUCCACCAAGAAACGAGCCCAUCCUGGCUCCCUAUCCCUCCAUUCAUGGCUCAGCUCAGAGACCACCUCGCAUGCCGAAUGUCAACACCCCGUCCAAUUAUCUCUCGGUCCCGUCGCUACAGAAACCCGACUUCUCUCUCCAAGCACACGAGACUCUUCUUCGCCAAGCCGCGAUGCGUGCUGCUUUGCACAACGGGGUCCGCCAAGCCAAGCCAGUGGUUGAGCGACCAGUCCGACAUCCGUUGCCUACUGGGCGACCCGGAGAAAAACUACCCACAGUGCCGAGGCAAACUCGCCGGACGCUUAGCGACAGAGAGAAACUUGACAUAUGUCUCUUCCACGAGCACCACAGGUCUCUCACCCACAAGGACAUUGCCGACAAGUUUGGUGUGGAGAGAACCACCGUAACCAAGAUCUUGCUGAACAAGCAGCACCAUCUGCAGUCAGGGCAAAACUGA